CGGCGGGGCAGCCGGAAGGUACGGUGGGGACUGCGCUCCGGGCGCGCGAGGCAGAGAAGGGCGGCUGGGCCGGGACUGCUCAGCGGGCUUCAGCUCCCCAGACCCGGGACGGGGCGCCCACAGCCCGGCCCGGCUACCCCGGGGCGCUUAGAGGAGGAAGGGGAAGGUCCAGGCCCUGCUCCUUUGGGACGCCCCGGGCCGGCCCACACCCGUGCAGCGCCCUCCGUGUCCAAGCGCCGGGGCAGGUAGCAGGGCUCGGGCCUGCCCCUAAGUUGUAGUUCUCACUUUUUCCAGUGUCUAAUGUAAGGCCCUGCUAGAUGCUGAGAACAAUAUACACAGAUGCAAAAGACUUGAUCCUCACCCUUAAGGAGCUAAUGCGGUCUGGUAGGAGAGGAAAUGCAAGUUCAGAGGAAGAACUGUAAUGCAAGUUGGCAGGAUUUCUGUAGUAUACCUAGUAUGAGUUCCACAUCUUGGCCUCUUAUCCAGCUUCAGCAGUCUCAUCUCCAUCAUCUGGAGAAUAAAUGAGAUUUGCAUGAGUUCCAAACUGAGCUGAAAUACGGACUGCAGUGCUAAUAUCCUUUUCUUCUGGUUGUUAUUAACAGCUCCUCAGAAAAUUAAAUGUCGUCAGAAGACCGAGAAGCUCAGGAGGAUGAAUUGCUGGCCCUGGCGAGUAUUUAUGAUGGAGAUGAAUUUAGCAAAGCAGAGUCUGUCCAAGGUGGAGAAACCAGGAUCUAUUUGGACUUACCACAAAAUUUCAAGAUAUUUGUGAGCGGCAAUUCAAAUGAGUGUCUCCAGAAUAGUGGCUUUGAAUACGCCAUUUGCUUUCUGCCUCCACUUGUGCUGAACUUUGAACUGCCACCAGAUUAUCCAUCCUCCGCCCCACCUUCAUUCACACUUAGUGGCAAAUGGCUGUCACCAACUCAGCUGUCUGCUCUCUGCAAGCACUUAGACAACCUGUGGGAAGAACACCGCGGCAGCGUGGUCCUGUUUGCCUGGAUGCAGUUUCUUAAAGAAGAGACCUUAGCGUACCUGAAUAUCGUCUCUCCUUUUGAACUCAAGAUGGGUUCUCAGAAAAAAGUUCAAAGGAGGAUGGCUCAAGCUUCUUCCAACACAGAGCUAGAUUUUGGAGGAGCUGCUGGAUCUGAUGUAGACCAAGUGGAAGUUGUGGACGAGAGAGCCGUGCAGGAUGUGGAAUCGUUGUCCAGUCUGAUCCAGGAAAUCUUGGACUUCGAUCAGGCUCAACAGAUAAAAUGCUUUAAUAGUAAAUUGUUCCUGUGCAAUAUCUGCUUCUGUGAGAAGCUGGGUAGUGAGUGCAUGUACUUCUUGGAGUGCAGGCAUGUGUACUGCAAAGCCUGUCUCAAGGACUACUUUGAAAUCCAGAUCAGAGAUGGCCAAGUUCAAUGCCUCAACUGCCCAGAACCCAAGUGCCCUUCAGUGGCCACUCCUGGUCAGGUCAAAGAGCUAGUGGAAGCAGAGUUAUUUGCCCGUUAUGACCGCCUUCUCCUCCAGUCUACCUUGGACCUGAUGGCAGAUGUGGUGUACUGCCCCCGCCCAUCCUGCCAGCUGCCUGUGAUGCAGGAGCCUGGCUGCACAAUGGGCAUCUGUUCCAGCUGCAAUUUUGCCUUCUGUACUUUAUGCAGAUUGACCUACCAUGGGGUUUCUCCAUGUAAGGUGACUGCAGAGAAAUUAAUGGACUUAAGAAAUGAGUACCUGCAAGCAGAUGAGGCCAAUAAAAGAUUUUUGGAACAGAGGUAUGGUAAGAGGGUGAUUCAGAAGGCACUGGAAGAGAUGGAAAGUAAGGAGUGGCUAGAAAAGAACUCAAAGAGCUGCCCAUGUUGUGGGACUCCCAUCGAGAAAUUAGAUGGAUGUAACAAGAUGACAUGUACUGGCUGUAUGCAGUAUUUCUGCUGGAUUUGCAUGGGUUCUCUCUCCAGAGCAAACCCUUAUAAACAUUUCACUGAUCCUGCUUCCCCGUGUUUUAACCGGUUGUUCCAUGCUGUGGAUGUUAAUGGAGAUAUUUGGGAAGAUGAGGUUGAAGACUAGUUAACUUCUGCUGCUCAAGAUAUGGAAGUGGAAUGGUUUGCCCUAAUCUUUUGUCAAGUAUACAGAGUAACUUCGCAGGAUAUUUAGGGUACCAUUGAUUCCCUCUUCCUAUGUAGAAAAUACGGAAGAACGAGUUUGAUAUUUUCAUGUGGUACUACUGAUUAAGGCACAUUCAGACAUUUUUCAUUGCAACAUGAUUGAGGAAAUAUUAAGCCAAAGGUUCCGAAAAUGAAAGCUAGAAAAUAUUAGUAUUACAGUGUGCCCAAAGCUUUGAGUAGUUAAAAAUUAAAUAUUUAUUUUCUUCUCCAAGCUUUAGGUAAGGAGAGAGGGGUCAAGAGUUAAACUUAUAGUCCUUUUUAUCUCUGAGAAACAUCCCUCUAAGACAUUCUGUGGGAGCUCCCUCAGUAGUACUGCUUACAACUGGGGUGGGUAGAAGCCUUAUUAAAAUUGUACCGAGAGCCUGAUGUUAUUUACUCCAUGUUACAUUCUUUCCAACCUGAAUUUCUGCUAAAUUAAUUUUCUUUGGAGGAAGCCCUUUACUCUAUAACUGAUUGGAUGGCCCAGUGUCAUUUUGAUCUGAUUUUCAGAAUAGAAAUUUAUAGAUAAUUUAAAAAAUAUUUUUUGAUACCACAAACACUGUGGGUCACCUGAUAUAUUUAUUAGUGGUCUAUAGUCCACUGGUUUUGAGCCAAAUCUAGAAUUUAUUGAUACUGGCUCAGAAGAAUUUCAGCCCUGUUCAACUUUCCUGUUUCUGCUAGGCAGUAGAGCCUAGAUUCAGAACGACUUGUCUUCUGUUCUGCAUUCUUUCUGUUGACUCUUGCCCUGCUUUUCAUUGGUAAGGGCAGUUUUAAUAUUAGCUCCAGCAGCUCAUAUUUCUAUUUUCUCUGCUGGGAUAGGCGAAAGCCUAAUAUGUUCCCAAGCUGAACUUUAAUUAUCUGCGUUUUGAACACUGCACCACCAUAGUUCCAGUCCUAACUUUCUGAAUUCUUUUUAAAGGGCUUCUCUAAUAAGCUGUGGAAAUUUGUCUUCCUAUCCUUUUUUUUUUUUUUGCAACAGCGCUGUUUCAGGGGAUAAUUUUGGCUUGAUACCUAGAUCCUUGUUUCUGGGUUUUGCUGGCUUUUUGAAAAAUUGUCUUUCCUUGUGGUUUGGUGAGUGGCUUGGUAGCAAAAUAAGAUUUUUGGAAAAAAAGGACAGAGGAAUUCAUCUGCAGUUGUGAACAUGUUCUUUUUUCAUACCUUGUCAUUGAAAAUUGGGGAAUCACUCUUAACCAUUUUAAGUGUGUGUAUCCAAAGAGCACGGACUGUUUCUGGAUUGUCAAUGAGAAUGCUUAAUCUUAAAAAUAAAAAUUAUUUAAAAAUUGUCUUAUAA